UAUGUAUCCAUAUUGCACUAAUAAAUGUCUCCCUUAAACGACCUUGACACGUAAAUUAUCUGAUCAGGCAGAAGUAGGGCAGUUUUGUUGUGAAAAGGUGUUUAUAUUGAAUAAGGCACUUGUAAACCUAACAUCAUGUCACAAGCAGUUAGAACUGUCCCGAUCAGAUUCUUGUCAACAAUUAAAAGGUUACAGUCACACACAAAGUAUACUGGUCGUAUUAUUGUGAGUAAGAAAUGUACAGGUCACAGACUUCUACAUACCACAGCACGAGUGUGCACUUCUGUCGGUCAGGGACCACCAGAUGAUAGCGGCGGACCAGGAAAUGGGGAUGGAGGAGAGAUGUCUGGUUCUGGAAGUGGAGAUAAGGGCAGUGUUGGGGAUGAAAUUGUGUUGGACUGCCCAAAGUGUGGGUUACCAUUUACAUAUGUAGUGACAAAUGAAGAGCAUGCAAGAUUUAUAAGGUGCAGUAAUUGUCAUCAUUACACCAUAUUGAAUUUACAUGGAGCUAAAGCAGAAAAACCAAAAGAAAAGAAAAUACCUACACCUAAAGAAAUCAAGGAAUAUUUAGACUGUCAUGUGGUAGGACAGACCUUCGCAAAGAUGAUUUUAUCUGUUGCUGUAUUCAACCACUACAAGAAAGUCAAUCAUAAUCUGAAAAGCUCGAAACCUGAGAGGAAACAAAAUGCAUUCUACACACCUAGAGAAAAUAUAGCCGACAUUUUACAGAUGUCCGGAAACACUGCUUUAGGUCCACACUCGGAGCCACCUGUGAAGAAAAGUAUUACCAAUACUGGUAAUGAAUCAGAUACAGAAAUCAUCUUAGACAAGAGUAAUAUACUAAUGUUGGGACCAACUGGAUCAGGGAAAACCUUAUUGGCCCAACAUUUGGCGAAAGUAUUAGACGUACCAUUUGCUUUCUGUGACUGUACGACUCUAACAUCAGCUGGUUACGUUGGUGAAGAUAUUGAAUCUGUGAUAGGGAAACUGUUACAAGAGGCUAAAGGUGAUGUGGAGAAAUGCCAAAGAGGUAUAGUGUUUUUGGAUGAAGUUGACAAAAUAGCAAGAGAAAGGAGUACUGUAAAUGUUCUGAAGGAUGUGGGAGGGGAAGGAGUCCAACAAGCUAUGUUGAAAAUGUUAGAGGGUACAGUUGUCAAUGUGCCAGAGAAAAAUAAUAAGCGGCAUAGACUGGAAGCUACACAGGUGGACACAACAAACAUACUUUUUAUCGCUGCUGGGGCAUUUAAUGGACUUGACAAUGUUGUAAAGAAACGAAAAGAUGUGAAGAACCUAGGUUUCGGAGCACCCCAAAAGAAGGUGCAAAGCUCAGAACAAGAAUCUUAUAGCCCACAUGAAUUACAUGGUAAAAAAGUGUCUGUGAAGUAUGAAAAUGAACAGAAAGAUAAAUUAUUAGAGAGUGUAGAAGCUACAGAUCUAAUAGACUUUGGACUCGUACCUGAGUUUGUGGGACGUAUGCCAGUGAUUGUACCUUUACAUUCGUUAACAGAGGAAAUGUUGGUUAGAAUAUUAACAGAGCCACAGAAUUCUCUUAUCAAACAGUAUCAGCAGUGUUUCUUACUAGAUGAGUGUCAGUUAGAGUUUACAGAUGAUGCCUUAAAAGCUGUAGCUCAUAUAGCCAUGGAGAAACAGACAGGAGCACGUGGUCUUAGAACUGAAGUCGAGAAAUGCUUGUUGAUGCCUAUGUAUGAACAGCCCGGGUCUGAUAUUAAAACUGUGAUUAUAAAUGAAGAUGUCGUGAAGAAUGAUUCACCUGCAAUUUACAUACAUGAUACUGAAGAGGAGGAGAGACAAUCUGGGUCUUCAACAGCAUGAUCUAGUUUUUAAUGUUUUAGACUGGUUUAAUGUUUUAAAAAUGUGACUAGUUUCAUAGAGUGAUUGACUGGUUAUUCAGGAAGCAGUACUGUUGUAGACUGGUGUCAUGUAUUUAAAUGGUUCCUCUACAGCAGCAUUGUAUUUCUACAUAGUUCAGUAUGAAAAGUAACUGUAGAACAAGAUGUAAAAUGACAAAUGAUACUCACAUGGUUAAUUAUUAAUUCAGUUUCGAAAAUUGCCAAAUCACAGUCAUGCAUCGUUUAUUUCAGAAUAGUUGAGCAGUUUCAUUUCAUAUAUAUGUGCACAUGUUGUGAACAUAGUAUUUAUAGGAAAUAAUAUUAUGUUAAAGAUGAAUAUUAUGUGAAAUGUUUUUGUGUAGUGUUCUCAUGAUGAUUUGAAGAAAGAUCACUUUUGGACUUUCUUUUACUAGGGUUUUUUUAUGCCCCCACAAAGUGGGAGCAUAUAGCGUUGCACUUGUCCGUCCGUAUGUCUGUCCGUCCGUACGUCCCAAAAUCUUGUGAACACAACUCCUCUUAAACCGGAUGGCAGAUUUUGCUUAAACUUUCAGGGAUGAACAACCUAAAUGUGUAGAUGGUAGUAAAGGAAGGAAUUUUUGCUGCGACCAAAUUUAACAGAAUUAUGGCCCUUUGUUGAUUUUUUCACUAUAUACUAUGUAGAAAUUUUGUGAACGCAACUCCUCUUAAACCGAAUGGCAGAUUUUUCUUAAACUUCCAGGGAUGAACAAUCUUAAUGUGUAGAUGGUAGUAAAGGAAGGAAUUUUUGCUGCGACCAAAUUUAAUAGAAUUAUGGCCCUUUGUUGAUUUUUUCACUAUAUACCAUAUAGAAAUUUUGUGAACGCAACUCCUCUUAAACCGAAUGGCAGAUUUUGCUUAAACUUCCAGGGAUGAACAACCUUAAUGUGUAGAUGGUAGUAAAGGAAGGAAUUUUUGCUGCGACCAAAUUUAACAGAAUUAUGGCCCUUUGUUGAUUUUUUCACUAUAUACCAUAUACAUGUUGUCAGUGGGGGCAUCCGUGUCCUUUGGACACAGUUCUAGUUUAAAAAGAAAAUGAUAGUUAAUAGAUUGGUAAAUGUGCUCAGACUCUCAUUCAUUUUUCGACAAAUUAUGACAUGUAAUGCAUGAAUAUAGACUAUAUAUAGAGAUUCUCUAUGUAACUCCUAUAUUUCUUAAAGGAUUUAAAAAGAACUUUUGUUACCAAGUUCCCUGGUGCAUGUUACUAUGGUUUUGUGAUUUAAAAAUGUUGAGCAAAUGCAUAGCCCAUUAAUAUUGUUUGUUUUCAUAUGCUAUAUAUUGAGAAAUUCCGUGUCUGUGUACAGUUUCUCCAACAUUUCUUAAGGACAUUCAACAAAAUUUGACAGAAUUAUUAAAACAAAGAACCCAAGCUCAUACUUUUAAAGUUUUGCAGUUUAAUUAUUUUUUGCAAAGUUAUAAGCCCUUUUUUGUUGUUUCUCCAUAUGAUAAGUAAUAGAGAAAUACACUUCUAUGCUCUAGGUCUGUGACCAUUCUCAAGUCUUCUUCAAAUAAUUUUAGGCAGUUUUGUGACAAUUUUUCACAAUAAGUGAAUUAAAAGCAUUUAUUACAAGUGUUGAUUUUUGUGCAUUAAGAUUUACCCUUGUCCGUCCCUCCAUCCAUCAGUCAGUCUGUUCUCUUUUUGUGUCGCACAUAGCUCAAAAAGUAAUUGACCUACAGUCAUGAAACCUUACAAAAAUGUUGAUCAGCAUGUGAAGUUGUGCACCUGGGUAUUUUCAUGUGGAUAUAUUGAGUAUUUUUGAAUAAGUAAAAAUUUCCAAUUUUCAACUUGUGUCGCAUGUAACUGAAAAAGUAUUUGACCUAGAGUCAUGAAAACUUACAAGAAAGUUGGUCAGUAUGUGUAGUUGUGCACCUGGGUAUUUUCAUGUGAAUAUUUUUAGCAUUUUUAGAGUUAUUGCCCUUGACUUAGUAAAAAUUUGCAAUUUUCAACUUGUGUAGCAAGUAACUCAAAAAAUAUUUGACCUAGAGUCAUGAAACCUUACAGGAAUGUUGAUCAGCAUGUGUAGUUGUGCACCUGGGUAUUUUCAUUUGGAUAUAUUUAGUAUUCUUAGAGUUAUUGCCCUUGACUAAGUAAAAAUUUCCAAUUUUCAACUUGUGUCGCACGUAACUAAAAAAAUUAAUUGACGUAGAGUCAUGAAAACUUACAAGAAUGUUGGUCAGCAUGUGUAGUUGUUCACCUGGGUAUUUUCAUGUGGAUAUUUUUAGAGUUAUUGCCCUUGACUUAGUAAAUAUUUACAAUUUUCAACUUGUGUCGCACGUAACUCAAAAAAUAUUUGACCUAAAGUCAUGAAACCUUACAGGAUUGUUGAUCAGCAUGUGUAGUUGUGCACCUAGGUAUUUUUAGCUCGACUAUUCGAUAAGAAUAAGUAGAGCUAUUGAAGUCACCCGAGCGUCGGCGUCGGCGUAACCACUUAUGUUAAAGUUUUUGUAAUAGUUCAAAUAUUUUCAAAGUCCAUUGAGAUAUGGCUUUGAAACUUUGCACACUUGUUCACCAUCAUGACCCCAACCUGUAGACAGGAGGAGGUAACUCUAUCAAGCAUUUUGACAGAAUUAUGCCCCUUUUUCAACUUAGAAUUUAUGUUAAAGUUUUUGUAAUAGUUCAAAUAUUUUCAAAGUCCAUUGAGAUAUGGCUUUGAAAACUUUGCACACUUGUUCACCAUCAUGACCCCAACCUGUAGACAGGAGGAGGUAACUCUAUCAAGCAUUUUGACAGAAUUAUGCCCCUUUUUCAACUUAGAAUUUAUGUUAAAGUUUUUGUAAUACUUCAAAUAUUUUCAAAGUCCAUUGACAUAUGGCUUUGAAACUUUGCACACUUGUUCACCAUCAUGACCCCAACCUGUAGACAGGAGGAGGUAACUCUAUCAAGCAUUUUGACAGAAUUAUGCCCCUUUUUCAACUUAGAAUUUAUGUUAAAGUUUUUGUAAUACCUCUAAUAUUUUCAAAGUCCAUUGACAUAUGGCUUUGAAACUUUGCACACUUGUUCACCAUCAUGACCCCCACCUGUAGACAGGAGGAGGUAACUGUAUCAAGUAUUUGGACAGAAUUAUGCCCCUUUUUCGACUUAGAAUUUACGUUAAAGUUUUUGUAAUAGUUCAAAUAUUUUCAAAGUCCAUUGACAUAUGGCUUUGAAACUUUGCACACUUGUUCACCAUCAUGACCCCCACCUGUAGACAGGAGGAAGUAACUGUAUCAAGCAUUUUGACAGAAUUAUGCCCCUUUUUCGACUUAGAAUUUACGUUAAAGUUUUUGUAAUAGUUCAAAUAUUUUCAAAGUCCAUUGACAUAUGGCUUUUGAAACUUUGCACACUUGUUCACCAUCAUGACACCAACCUGUAGACAGGAGGAGGUAACUGUAUCAAGCAUUUUGACAGAAUUAUGCCCCUUUUUCGACUUAGAAUUUACGUUAAAGUUUUUUGUAAUACCUCAAAUAUUUUCAAAGUCCAUUGACAUAUGGCUUUGAAACUUUGCAUACUUGUUCACCAUCAUGUCACCAACCUGUAAACAGGAGUAGGUAACUCUAUCAAGCAUUAUUUUUUACUAUCAAGCACUAGAAUAGUCGAGCGUUGCUGUCCUACCGACAGCUCUUGUUGUGUGGAUAUAUAUUUAGUAUUUUUAGAGUUAUUGCCCUUGAAUUAGUAAAAAUUUCCAAUUUUCAACUUGUGUUGCACAUAACUAAAAAAGUAUUUGACCUAGAGUCAUGAAACCUUACAGGAAUGUUGCUCAGCAUGUGUAGUUGUGCACCUGGGUAUUUUCGUGUGGAUAUUUUUAGUAUUUUUAGAGUUAUUGCCCUUGACUUAGUAAAAAUUUACAAUAUUCAACUUGCGUUGCACGUAACUCAAAAAGUAUUUGACCUGUAGGCCUGAAAGUUUACAAGAAUGUUGGUCAGCAUGUAUACUUAUGCACCUUGGGAUUUUCUUGUGGAUUUAUUCAGUAUUUGUAAUAUUUUUCCUUUACUUAAUAAAAUAUUUUUAGUUUUUAACCUUGGCACAUGUAGCCAAAAAAAAAAUUUGACCUAGAGACAUAAGAUUGACAAAUCGGUGGAGUGUCGGGCACUCGUGUCCUAUGGACACAUUUCUAGUUUUUUAUUUAAUAUUUAUAUCUUUGUUUUGUUAUUGAUCUGUUUUAUUUGUAUGUUACUUUGUUUUGUAGUAAAUUGUUCUUCUAAAUCAUUGAAAGAAUGAAAUGCUUACAAAAACCUUGAACCCAGGGACCCCAAGUUCCACCCUAAGUUAGAUGACCCUUUAAGUUAUCUACUUACUAAAUAUGGAAGAUAUUUGUCAUUUUAAUGAAGUUACUAGGAGAAACUGUAGAAAAGCACAACAUAAUUACAGAAUGCCAGAAAGAAGAAACGGUGACUUCUGGUAUAUGCUGCCUGUUUACAGUACAAAGUACUUCUCUCUAGUCUGUUCCCCUUGUUGAACACAUAUCAAAAUAGUAAACAUUUUCCUUGCUUUAAAUCAGUUAUGUUUUGUAGUUCUGUGUCUGGCCUAGCUUCUGUAUUUUAAUAAUUAUCUCCCCUUAGAAUGUAAAAUUUGUCUUAAAGGUUCAUUGCAUUUCCACCUAUAUCUCAUUUGGAAUUUCAAUAAAAAAAUGUUAGUAUUAUUUUGUAUUACCUAAUACUUCCAAUUGUUGUUUCUGCCACAUUAGAUUGGUCACAUCAUAUAUGACAGGCUCGUAAUGCUCAAAGAAAAUUUCUUCUUAAAAUUAUAAUCAUUGAUCUCUUUACUCUUUAUUCAUGACAAGUUUUAAUUCUUGACAAGUUAAUCCCAAUUAUCUGCAUGACAUAUGACAAAGUUUAUAACCAAGGCAACUAGCCCAUCUUUGUUGCUUAAGGGAUUACUUCAGACUUAAAAUGCUAGUUGCAGUUCAUUAUCAUCAACCAUGUAUUACAUGACAAGGUUUUUAACUCUGAUUCCUAUACUUCCAUCCCUUUGAUUCCUAUAUUUCCAGAAUUACAUUACACCCCUUUGAUUCCUAUAUUUCCAGAAUAACAUUACACCCCUUUGAUUCCUAUAUUUACAGAAUAACAUUACUCCCCUUUGAUUCCUAUAUUUCCAGAAUUACAAUACACCCCUUUGAUUCCUAUAUUUCCAGAAUAACAUUACACCCCUUUGAUUCCUAUAUUUUCAGAAUUACAUUACACCCCUUUGUAUUUUUUUUGUUAUUUUUGUGUCGCCUCUACGGAGUAGGGAUCACUUCUCCGUCGUCUGUCUGUCUGUCUGUCCGUCCGUCACAAAACUUGUCCGGACUACUCCUCAUAAACUACUGGUGCAAUUUCAUCCAAACUUUACAGGAAUGAUCAGUACCAAGUCUAGUUGUGCAUAUUGUCAGCAUUUUCCGGUUCAAUGAUUUUUGUCAGAGUUAUGGCCCUUUAAUAAUUUUUAUUUUUAAAGUUUGUCCGGACUACUUCUCUUAUACCACUAAUGCAAUUUCAAUGAAACUUUACAGGAUUGAUCAUUAGCUCAAGUCCUUGCGCAUAUUGCACAGGUUUUCCGGUUGAAUGAUUUUUGGCCGAGUUAUGGCCCUUUGAUAAAAAGGUGGUUUUUUCUGUGUGUUGCCAGAUACACAAAAGCUUGUCCGGACUACUCCUCAUUAACUACUCGUGCAAUUUCAUCCAAACUUUACAGGAAUGAUCAGUACCAAGUGUAGUUGUGCACUGUCCGUCUGUCUGUCUGUCUGUCUGUCACAAAACUUGUCCCAACAUGAAAUUGGCCAUCAUGAGGCGACACAUGUGAUCACUGAUCGCUCUUGUUUUGUAUUUUAUAUACUCAAUCGUUUGCAUUAUAAAACGGAAAUUUGUGUUGAUAUUUUAGGUUCACUUGCUUGCAUAUCAUAUUGUGCAAAAUAGUCGAAUAUGUUGUUUUUAUUGGUAUUGAUAAAACACUAUAUUUAAUCUGUAGUAGUUAUUUAACUUUGUAAUAUUUCAUAUUCAGUUUUUGUCCAGAGCUUAUCUUAAAGUCAUUAUGACAUAUCAAGAACUAUAUAAAAUUGUAAUUAAUGUUGUUACUUGUUAGAAUCUUUCACUACACUUGAAUCCUAAGAUUUUAAUUUUUAUAUUAAUUAACAUACAUGUACUUCAAAUAAAUUACUACAAGGCUUUGUCAGAAUAAUAUCUUAAUGCAAUUACAAUGUAUAUCUCAAAGUCCUUUAAUUUGCUUGACCCAUUUUUCUAGGCUUUGUAUCAUAAUAUGCUUUGAGGUACAUGAAAUAAUACUUAUGUAGCUUCAGUUAAACUUUUACCCCUUGAGCAUAUUGUGAAAAAUGGCCGUUUUCAUCGAAAAGCCUCCUGUUACAAGUUCAAACUGCUAUGAAACUGUUGCGAAAAAUCACUAUUUUGCAUUGUUUUUUUCCCAUCAAAACUGAUUUCAAAGUGCUGCAACUUCUCUAUGAAUUGAGAUAGAGUAAAGGGCUUUUCAGCGUCGGUUGCAAGUUACCCUAAGAUCAACCUGAGGCCAUUUUUAGUCUGUCACAUGUCCAAAAUUUCCUUAGAGAUGAGGGGGACUAUGCCCCCCCCUGUUCAAACCCCCCCCCCCAAACAGCAAGGGGCACAUCCCUUUUUCGGGCAACCCCCCUGAUGUAACAUUUUGAUGGGUGCGGCGCCGAAAAGGUCGUCACUUUUUUUAACAACAUUUCUCAAAUGAAAAACAGUGUUUUGGGGUCUAAAUAGGGCAUUUUUUCACUGUUUGAGGCAUCAAAAAGGGGGGGGGGCAAAAAGCCGUCAAAACACGUCUAUAUGAGGGAAAAGGUUAAGUAAUUUGAAUCUUUUGGGUGCAGAUAAUUAUGAAUUCAACACAUUGUCUUGUGCUUAUUUUUUUCUUCUUUUAUUAUCAAGAUUUUCAAGUCACUAUUUUUAAUUUAUUUUGUACACCUCUCUGUAAAUAAAUAAUGUUUUCUUGUUGUAUUUAUCAAAUUGUAGUGAAUAUUAAAUGUUGUUUUUCCUUACUUUUUGGAGCAUUAGGUGUCUGGACAAAAUAUAUAGUUUUCUAUAUGAUGAUUUGUUAAGUAUUCUGAAAUAAUAAUAAAUAUGUCAGAAUUAUGAGUGAUAAAUUUUAUGAAAAUAUGUUUAAUAAAAUAAAUUCAUUUCAAUGCAUAUAA